CACGGAAAGAAGCGGAGCAUCUCGCCAUGGCGGCCGCGGCCAGGGCCUUCGCCGUGCACGUGCUGCGCGGGAGGUGGUUCAUGGCGUACGGCUCCUUCCUCAUCAUGUCCGCGGCGGGGGCGACGUACAUCUUCGCCGUCUACUCCAAGGACAUCAAGGCCACGCUCGGCUACACACAGGAGCAGCUCAACACCGUCGGCUUCUUCAAGGACGUCGGCGCCAACGUCGGCAUCCACGCCGGCCUCAUCGCCGAGGUCGCCCCGCCAUGGCUCGUCCUCGCCAUCGGCGCCGCAAUGAACCUGGGGGGAUACCUCAUGCUCUACCUCUCCGUCGCCGGCGUCGUCCGCGCCAGGCCGCCGCUCUGGCUCGUCUGCCUCUACAUCGCCGUCGGCGCCAACUCGCAGGCCUUCGCCAACACCGGCGCGCUGGUCACCUGCGUCAAGAACUUCCCCGAGAGCCGCGGCGUCAUACUCGGUUUGCUCAAGGGCUUCGUCGGCCUCAGCGGCGCCAUCUUCACCCAGCUCUACCUCGCCUUCUACGGCGGUGGCGGAGGCGACACCAGGCCACUCAUACUUCUCGUGGGCUGGCUCCCCGCCGCCGUCUCCGUGGUGUUCCUCGGCACGAUACGGAUCAUUAGCUCGCCGCGCUCCCCAGCCGCGGCGCGCCGCGAGUACCGCGCGUUCUGCGGCUUUCUAUACGUGUCGCUCGCGCUCGCCGCUUACCUCAUGGUCCUCAUCAUCUUGCAGAAGAGGUUCUUGUUCACCCGAGCAGAGUUUGGCGUCAGCGCCGCCGUCGUACUCGCAAUGCUCCUCGUCCCAUUCACCGUGGUCCUGCGCGAGGAGGCCGCACUGUUCAAGAACACGCUGGAAGCGCAGUCCGUGGUGCCCGUGCCCACCAAACCGCGGACGCCGGUACAAGAGCCAGCGUCCGUUGCGGAGAGGCCAGCGGCCACACUGAUGUCGAGGGUGGUGCGUGCUCUGAGGCCGCCACCGCUUGGCGACGACUACACGAUCCUUCAGGCGCUGGUGAGCGUGGACAUGCUGCUGCUGCUCACGGCGACGGUGUUCGGCAUAGGCGGCACACUCACGGCCAUCGACAACAUGGGCCAGAUCGGCGAGUCGCUGGGCUACCCGCAGCGCAGCAUCGCCACCUUCGUCUCCCUCAUCAGCAUCUGGAACUACCUCGGCCGGGUCGCCUCCGGCUUCGCGUCGGAGGCGCUCCUCGCGCGGUACCGCCUCCCGCGCCCGCUCGUCCUCGCCGUCGUCCUGCUCCUCACCGUUCCGGGGCACCUCCUCAUAUCGUUCGGCGUGCCAGGCUCCCUGUACGUGGCGUCGGUGAUCAUCGGGUUCUGCUUCGGCGCGGCGCAGCCGCUGAUCCUGGCGAGCGUGUCGGAGCUGUUCGGCCUCAGGUACUACUCCACGCUCUACAACCUGUGCGGCACGGCGAGCCCCGUGGGGUCGUACGUCCUCAACGUGCGCGUCGCCGGGCGCAUGUACGACCGCGAGGCCGCGCGGCAGGGUGGCGGACACGCCGUGGCCUCGGCGGCCGGGAAGAGGCUCGUGACCUGCAUCGGCGUCCGGUGCUACAAGGAGUCGUUCUUGGUCAUAACGGCAGUGACUGUGGCCGCCGCGGCGGUGACGCUGGUGCUGGCGUGGAGGACUCGGGGAUUCUACGCGGGGGACGUGUACGCGCGGUUUAAGGAGGAGGAGGAGGAGGAGGCGGUGGUGGCUGGGCAAAGCAGAAAUGGCGUCGCCGCGUCGGAGAUGUCCAGUUAGAAGUGAAAGGGAGUUGCGCUGAACAUGGACCUAAGGUCUAACACAACACACGCGAUUACAGUGGUGAGGUGGACGAACAUAAUGUUAGAAAAUUAUUUUACAUGAUUAAUUCAUACACUCCAUGCCCUACCCUUAUAAGCUCCUUCGAGAGACUGAGCCGGCAUAUCAUCUUGUAAUUUAUAAAGUCAUCGUAGAUGCCUCGUCGUCGACGGGAACGUCUCCUCUCCUCCUAGUAAAAGUGUAU